ACGCGGGCAGGUGAAGCGGCGGAGCCAGGGAGGCGGCCGGCUCUCCGGGGCUGCUUCGGGAAGCCGCCGAGGCGGGCAUGAGGCGGCCCGGCCCGGUGAGAGGAGCCGGCUGGCUGAUCGCUUGAGCCCUUCAGUUUCCUCCUAAAUAUUCACUUAAACCUUCAGAAUUUUUUUUUUAAAAAUGGCGUUCGUUUCAACCCAAGGACCCACUGUGGUCGACCAGACCACCUUAAUGAAAAAGUAUCUCCAGUUUGUGGCGGCUCUCACCGAUGCUAACACACCCGAUGAAACGAAACUGAAGAUGAUGCAAGAAGUUAGUGAGAACUUUGAGAACGUCACCUCAUCGCCUCAAUAUUCCACAUUCCUGGAACACAUCAUCCCUCGCUUCCUUACGUUUCUCCAAGACGGGGAAGUCCAGUUCCUGCAAGAAAAACCUGCACAGCAACUGAGAAAAUUAGUUUUGGAAAUAAUCCAUAGAAUACCAACCAACGAGCAUCUGCGCCCACACACCAAAAAUAUCUUAUCUGUGAUGUUUAGGUUUCUAGAGACCGAAAAUGAAGAAAAUGUACUUAUUUGCUUGAGGAUAAUUAUUGAGCUUCACAAACAGUUCCGGCCAGCCAUCACACAAGAGAUUCAUCAUUUCUUGGAUUUUGUGAAACAGAUUUACAAGGAGCUUCCAAAAGUAGUGAAUCGGUACUUUGAGAAUCCUCAAGUUGUCCCGGAGAACACCAUCCCUACCCCAGAAAUGGUGGGCUUGAUCACGACGGUUGUAGUGAAAGUAAAUCCGGAGAGAGAUGACAGUGAAACUAGAUCGCACGCGGUCAUUCCUCGCGGCUCCCUUUCCUUGAAAGUUUUAGCCGAACUUCCCAUAAUCGUCGUCCUCAUGUAUCAGCUCUACAAGCUGAAUAUUCACAACGUGGUAGCCGAAUUUGUGCCCUUGAUCAUGAAUACCAUAAUUAUUCAGGUGUCCAACCAAGCCAGGCAGAAUAAAAACUACAAUAAGGAAUUGUACGCCGACUUCAUUGCUGCCCAGAUUAAAACAUUGUCGUUUCUGGCUUACAUUAUAAGGAUUUAUCAGGAGUUGGUAGCUAAAUAUUCCCAGCAGAUGGUGAAGGGAAUGUUGCAGCUGCUGUCCAACUGUCCAGCGGAAACGGCUCACCUGAGGAAGGAACUGCUCAUCGCAGCCAAGCAUAUCCUUACCACUGACCUGAGGAGCCAGUUUAUCCCGUGCAUGGACAAAUUGUUCGAUGAAUCCAUACUCAUAGGCUCUGGCUACACGGCUCGUGAAACGCUCAGGCCCCUUGCGUAUAGCACCCUGGCCGAUCUGGUCCACCACGCGCAGCAUUUACCCCUCAACGAUCUCUCCCUGGCCGUCCAGCUCUUUGCCAAGAAUAUCGAUGACGAAUCUUUACCCAGCAAUCAGACCAUGUCAUGCAAACUCCUGCUCAACCUGGUGGAUUGCAUUCGGUCCAAGAGCGAGCAGGAAAAUGGAAACGGCAGAGAUAUCCUCAUGAGGAUGUUGGAGGUGUUUGUCUUGAAAUUCCACACCAUCGCCCGCUACCAGCUUUCCAUUAUCUUUAAAAAGUGCAAACCGCAGUCAGAGCUUGGGGCAGGAGAAGCAGCUUUAACGGGUGCCCCGGCAGGAGGAAACGCACUUCCGGUCACGGUGCCCUCCCCUGCGCCCUCCACCCCGGUGGUCCCGGCGUCAGGACCGGUUUUUGAGAAACAAGGGGAAAAGGAGAAGGAGGACAAGCAGACUUUUCAAGUCACGGAUUGCCGAAGCUUGGUGAAAACCUUAGUCUGCGGGGUCAAGACCAUUACGUGGGGCAUCACGUCUUGUAAAGCCCCCGGAGCUGCUCUUCGGGCCUCUGCCUCGCAUGUGGGAGGGGGCGAGGUGCAUGCUGGCAGCCCCUUCCGAGAACCAUUGAUAAAAUUCCUGACCCGCCAUCCGUCUCAGACGGUCGAGCUCUUCAUGAUGGAAGCUACCUUGAAUGACCCUCAGUGGAGCAGGAUGUUCAUGAGUUUUUUAAAACACAAAGACGCCAAGCCUUUGCGGGACGUCCUGGCGGCGAAUCCCAACCGUUUCAUCACCUUACUCUUACCUGGCGGGACCCAGACAGCUGUUCGGCCUGGUUCCCCCAGUACCAGCACCAUGAGGCUCGAUCUCCAGUUUCAAGCCAUCAAGAUCAUCAGUAUCAUCGUGAAGAAUGACGAAGGCUGGCUGGCAAGCCAGCAUUCCUUGGUGAGCCAACUGAGGCGAGUGUGGGUCAGCGACACUUUCCAAGAGAGGCACCGCAAGGAGAACAUGGCGGCCACCAACUGGAAGGAGCCGAAACUUCUGGCCUACUGCUUACUGAAUUAUUGCAAGAGAAAUUACAACGACAUCGAGCUGCUCUUCCAGCUCCUCCGGGCCUUCACCGGCCGCUUCCUCUGCAACCUGACCUUCCUGAAGGAGUACAUGGAGGAAGACAUCCCCAAAAAUUACACCAUCGCCCAAAAGAGGGCGCUGUUUUUCCGCUUUGUCGACUUCAGCGACCUCGGUUUCGGCGAUGAACUGAAAGCCAAGGUUCUGCAGUACAUUCUGAAUCCGGCUUUCCUGUACAGCUUUGAAAAGGGGGAAGGGGAGCAGCUUCUGGGGCCCCCCAAUCCCGAAGGAGAUAAUCCUGAGAGUAUCACCAGCGUCUUCAUAACAAAGGUUCUGGAUCCUGAAAAGCAAGCCGACAUGCUGGAUUCGCUCCGGAUUUACCUCCUGCAGUUCGCCACCUUGCUGGUGGAACACGCCCCGCACCACAUACACGACAACAACAAGAAUCGCAACAGCAAAUUGCGCCGCCUGAUGACCUUCGCUUGGCCCUGCUUGCUCUCCAAAGCCUGCGUGGACCCAGCCUGCAAAUAUAGCGGGCACCUGCUCCUGGCGCACAUCAUUGCCAAAUUCGCCAUCCAUAAAAAGAUUGUCUUGCAGGUGUUCCACAGUCUCUUGAAGGCUCAUGCAAUGGAGGCUCGGAUCAUUGUCAGACAAGCCAUGGCUAUCUUGACCCCUGCGGUGCCUGCUCGAAUGGAGGACGGCCACCAGAUGUUGACUCACUGGACCAGGAAGAUCAUCGUGGAAGAAGGCCACACUGUGCCUCAGCUGGUCCAUAUCUUGCACCUGAUAGUUCAGCACUUCAAGGUGUACUACCCGGUGAGACACCACUUAGUGCAGCACAUGGUCAGCGCCAUGCAGAGGUUGGGCUUCACUCCCAGCGUGACCAUCGAGCAGAGGAAGCUGGCGGUGGACCUGGCCGAAGUGAUCAUCAAGUGGGAAUUGCAACGGAUCAAAGAUCAGCAGCCGGAUUCAGACAUGGACCCAGGGGCCAGUGGCGAGGGCGUGAGUACUGCCUCGUCGGUGGUGAAAAGAGGACUGUCGGUGGAUUCCGGUCAGGAAGUGAAGCGGUUCCGAACGGCGACCGGAGCAAUCAGUACAGUGUUCGGACGGAGCCAGUCUCUUUCCGGUGCGGAUGCUCUCUUCUCCAAGUCUAUCGAUAAGCAACAUACCGACACGGUGAUCAAUUUCCUGAUUAGAAUUGCCUGCCAGGUAAAUGACAACUCAAACACCGCCGGCUCUCCAGGAGAAGUGCUCUCUCGACGCUGCGUUAACCUUCUGAAGACAGCUUUACGACCGGACAUGUGGCCAAAAUCAGAGCUAAAACUGCAGUGGUUUGAUAAGCUUCUAAUGACCGUGGAGCAGCCCAACCAAGCCAACUUCGCCAACAUCUGCACCGGCUUGGAAGUCCUCAGUUUCCUGCUCACCGUCCUCCAGUCUUCGGUGAUCCUGAGCAGCUUCAAACCACUUCAGCGUGGGAUCGCGUCCUGCAUGACCUGUGGAAACACCAAAGUCUUGCGAGCCGUCCACACGCUCCUUUCUCGCUUAAUGAGCAACUUCCCCACCGAACCAAGUACUUCAAGCGUGGCCUCCAAAUACGAAGAACUGGAAUGCCUCUACGCGGCUGUUGGGAAGGUUAUUUACGAAGGACUUACCAACUAUGAAAAAGCUACCAGCGCGAACCCUUCUCAACUUUUUGGUACUUUAAUGAUCCUCAAAUCUGCCUGCAGCAAUAAUCCGAGUUAUAUCGACAGGCUUAUUUCGGUCUUCAUGAGAUCCUUGCAGAAGAUGGUGAGGGAGCAUUUGAACCAGCAGACUCAGUCAGGAACCGUGGAAGCCAAUACAGCUGGCACCAGCGAGUUGGUUAUGCUGAGUUUGGACUUAGUGAAGACCCGUCUGGCUAUGAUGAGCAUGGAGAUGAGGAAGAACUUCAUUCAGGGCAUCCUCACCUCGCUGAUUGAAAAAUCGAGUGAUGCCAAAAUCCUGCGUGCCGUGGUCAAAAUUGUGGAAGAGUGGGUCAAAAACAGCUCGUCCAUGGCGGCUAACCAGAUUCCAACGCUGCGCGAGAAGUCCAUUCUGCUGGUAAAAAUGAUGACCUACAUUGAAAAACGUUUUCCCGAGGACCUUGAAUUAAACGCUCAGUUCUUAGACCUUGUUAACUACGUCUACAGGGAUGAAAACCUUUCGGGGAGCGAGCUGACCGCCAAGCUCGAGCCAGCCUUUCUCUCUGGCCUCCGAUGCACCCAGCCUCUCAUCAGGGCUAAAUUUUUCGAGGUCUUCGACAGCUCCAUGAAGCGACGGGUCUACGAGCGGCUACUGUAUAUCACCUGUUCCCAAAACUGGGAAGCCAUGGGGAACCAUUUCUGGAUCAAGCAGUGCAUCGAGCUCCUGCUGGCGGUUUGCGAAAGAAACACAACGAUUGGCACCAGCUGCCAAGGAGCCACGCUUCCCUCCAUCACCAAUGUGAUCAACUUGGCAGAUAGUCACGACCGGGCCGCGUUCGCCAUGGUGACUCACAUCAAGCAGGAGCCUCACGAGCGAGAAAACAGCGAAUCCAAAGAAGAGGAUGUCGAGAUAGACAUCGAACUGGCUCCCGGAGAUCAGACGAGCACCCCGAAAACCAAAGAACUCUCCGAAAAGGACAUUGGGAACCAGUUGCACAUGUUAACCAAUCGCCACGACAAAUUCCUGGACUCUCUGCGCGAAGUGAAGGUUCUUUGGCUCCUGAGCUUUGAUGACGACAAGAAUACGCUGGCCGAUGCCGUGGACAAGUAUUGCAUUGGCGUCCCACCCAUCCAGUGGCUGGCUUGGAUCCCACAGCUCUUAACCUGUUUGGUCGGAUCAGAAGGAAAACUCCUCUUGAACCUCAUUAGCCAGGUUGGACGUGUUUACCCUCAAGCGGUUUACUUCCCCAUCCGGACUCUCUAUUUGACCUUGAAGAUAGAACAGCGGGAGCGCUACAAAAGCGAUUCCGGACAGCAGCAGCCGAGUUCCGUCGGAAGCCAGUCUCAUUCCGCGUCGGAUCCCGGGCCGAUCCGAGCGACGGCCCCGAUGUGGCGAUGCAGCCGUAUCAUGCACAUGCAGCGGGAGUUGCACCCCACGCUCCUCUCGUCUCUGGAAGGGAUCGUGGAUCAGAUGGUCUGGUUCCGAGAAAACUGGCACGAGGAGGUUCUCCGACAACUUCAGCAAGGCCUCGCUAAGUGCUAUUCGGUGGCCUUUGAGAAGAGCGGGGCCGUUUCCGAUGCCAAGAUCACGCCCCACACCUUGAAUUUUGUCAAGAAGCUGGUCAGCACCUUCGGCGUGGGCCUGGAGAACGUCUCCAACGUCUCCACCAUGUUUUCCAGCGCGGCUUCCGAAUCGCUGGCCAGGAGGGCUCAGGCCACAGCUCAGGAUCCCGUCUUUCAGAAACUUAAGGGCCAAUUCACAACAGAUUUCGACUUCAGCGUGCCGGGUUCCAUGAAACUCCACAAUCUCAUUUCGAAACUGAAGAAAUGGAUCAAAAUCCUGGAGGCCAAAACCAAGCAGCUGCCCAAAUUUUUUCUCAUCGAGGAAAAGUGUCGUUUUCUUAGCAACUUCUCUGCCCAGACAGCCGAAGUGGAAAUUCCUGGGGAAUUCCUGAUGCCAAAACCGACUCACUACUACAUCAAAAUUGCCCGAUUUAUGCCCAGGGUAGAGAUCGUACAGAAACACAACACCGCAGCUAGAAGGCUGUAUAUCCGAGGCCAUAACGGGAAGAUUUACCCCUACCUCGUCAUGAACGACGCUUGUUUGACCGAGUCGCGUAGAGAGGAACGGGUCCUGCAGCUCCUUCGCCUCCUCAACCCCUGUUUGGAAAAGAGGAAAGAAACCACGAAGAGACACCUGUUCUUCACCGUUCCCCGUGUCGUGGCUGUCUCUCCCCAGAUGCGUCUUGUGGAGGACAAUCCUUCUUCUCUCUCCCUGGUGGAGAUCUACAAGCAACGCUGUGCCAAGAAAGGGAUUGAGCACGACAGCCCCAUUUCUCGCUACUACGACCGGCUGGCCACCGUCCAGGCACGAGGGACCCAGGCCAGUCAUCAGGUUCUCCGGGAUAUUCUGAAAGAAGUUCAGGGCAACAUGGUGCCACGCAGCAUGCUGAAGGAAUGGGCCCUUCACACGUUUCCCAAUGCCACCGAUUACUGGACGUUCCGGAAGAUGUUCACGAUCCAGUUGGCGCUGAUCGGUUUCGCGGAAUUUGUCUUCCAUCUGAACCGACUCAACCCUGAGAUGUUGCAGAUUGCUCAGGAUACGGGCAAAUUAAACGUGGCCUAUUUCCGGUUUGACAUCAACGACGCUACCGGGGAUCUGGACGCCAACAGACCCGUCCCGUUCCGACUUACCCCAAACAUUUCGGAGUUCCUCACCACCAUCGGGGUCUCCGGGCCCCUCACAGCAUCCAUGAUUGCCGUGGCUCGUUGUUUUGCUCAGCCGAACUUCAAAGUCGACGGCAUCCUGAAAACAGUGCUGCGGGAUGAAACCAUUGCUUGGCAUAAGAAGACCCAGGAGGACACCUCCUCUCCGCUCUCAGCAGCCGGGCAGCCGGAGAACAUGGACAGCCAACAGCUGGUGUCACUGGUUCAGAAAGCUGUGACCGCCAUCAUGACCAGGCUCCAUAACCUGGCCCAGUUCGAAGGCGGAGAGAGCAAAGUCAACACUUUGGUUGCGGCCGCGAACAGCUUGGACAACCUGUGCCGCAUGGACCCAGCCUGGCAUCCGUGGCUGUAGACGUGUCCUGAAGACUUGGGACGAUAGCGAAGCCCGUUGAGAUACGGAUGAGGGCCUUCAAGACCGAUCACGGAUGGUUCUUCACCCGUCUCGACCCUGAUGGUUUUCCGGCGUGAUCAUGUUUCCAUGACCUGUUGUGUUUUUAGACUCUCAUCUCAAAAGUUUAAAAGAUUCCUUCCUCAUCAUGCUUGACAUCGCUCCAUUCCGAGGAAAAUCAUCUAAAAGGACGAGAUUUGAAUUUUUUGCACGUCGAACCGUCUUUUAUUUUAUGCCGUGAGCAAGAAGAGCGAAGAUGCCGGGGGCGAGAGUUUUGAGACUUGCCUAGGAGUCCUUGCCAAUUUUUUUUUUUUUUAAAAAGAAGAAUUAUCCCCUCUUUGAGGAUACUGAUGUGCGAAGUUUUUAACCGUUUACUUUCUAGUUGAUUACAAAGACAGUUGAAAGAUCAUUUUAAUCCAGCCAAAAAUGUAGGCGAGUUUAGGGGGCAUUGUACAGCGAUUUUUUGUAAGAAAGAUGUACAGGAAAAAAAAAAAAAACUCUUGUUUUUGUUGGUGUUGUUCAUUGUUUCAGUUGCUAGUUGGUUAAAACAAAAAACAAAGAAAAACCCCAGGAAAUGAUCAAAUUGUGCUACUUCUAUGAACUUUCUACGGUGAAAGUGAACUUAAUUCUGGGUUGGCGAAUCCCUCAACCUGAAACUGUCGUCCGUUAAAACAAGUAUUUGGAAGUAACCCAUUCGCUCAAAUCCCCCCCAAAAAACUUUUGAAAACCCUUCAAAAGCCGCUUUUUUUUUUUUUUUUGGUUUUUCAGCUCUUGACAAAUUUAAAUGUAUAUCCUUAAAAGUAACUUCCCUUGGAGCUGUUGUUUUUUUUUUUAGUUUUAGCUGUGUAAUUUAAAAAGAAAAAAAACCACAAAGAAAUUGUUUUUAUUGCAUCCAUCUUAAGCCUUUUUUAUAUAUAUAAAACCCGUAUUGCAAUAUUGAGAAUGUUCCAGUUCAAAUUUGUAAGGAGUGAACUUUUCUUCGGAAUAAAUAUUUUCUAAAACGUCA